GUAGACGAAUAUCGAAAGCAUCUUAUUUGUAUCUACAUUAACCAAUUCUUCAUACUGACGGCAGUGAGAAAAAGCAGAGAAGACAACCACAAGCAAUGGCUAACUGCUUAAUGCUUUUAUCAUCCAUAGAUCGAGAUCGAGAUCGUCGUAAUUCAUUUGAAUGCAAAACCUGCAAAAGACGGUUCUCUUCUUUCCAAGCGCUUGGCGGCCAUCGAACGAGUCAUAAAUCGAUGAAAUCAACGAUCGACAUCGGAAAGUUUCUUCACGGAAAAUUAUCCAAAAAACGCAAGGUACAUGAAUGUUUAAUUUGUGGAAUGGAGUUUUCUAUGGGGCAGGCUUUAGGUGGACAUAUGAGGCGUCACCGUGUCCCUGUAAAUGAAAUUGAAGAUUCAUCGUCGGCGAGAAGGAUACCAGUUUUGAAGAAAUCGAAUAGUAGAAAGAGGAUAUUUUGCGUGGAUCUUAAUUUAACUCCUGAUGAGAAUGAUGAUUUUCAGUUUUGGCCUACGGCACCUGCACCUGUUUUGCGCUGCGUUAUCUGAUUAAUUCCCUCACACACCUCCAUUGUUAUCCUCUUAGGAGUUAGGACUAGCUAGAGCUAGAAGAUGUCUUUCAUUUUAAUUUCUUGUUGUGUGUAUAUAUCACAAAUUCUGUUAUCCAUUUACCUUAAA